AUGGCAAGAUGGAUAGCACGUGCAAGGGACACAAACGUCCCUUUUUAUUUUCAACAAGCUGUAAAGGACCGUGAACCUGUGCAGAUGUUGGAGGACAUGCGCAAUCUGGAGAUGUUAAACCGGCAAUUGACAUACACCCCAUCUGAGGCACUGCUGUAUGCCAUCGUGCACGACAACCAAGCCUACGCACAAUACUUGCUGAAUCAGUUCUCAGACGAUGCACUUGCUAUGCCAGGUGAGAAUUUCUGCUGCUGUCCAUCAUCUGCUCCACACUUAUCCAUGGCUAUCCUCUACAACAGGAAGGACAUAAUGGCGCUCAUUCUUCAUGUGGCACAUAGAAUGCCCUCUCCGCGGUCCUACGUGAACCGAGGAGGAGGCAUUUACGUGUUGGAUGACAGAACUCCACUCCAUCUGGCAUGUGAGAUGUCACAACCAGAGACUGUCAUUAUGUUACUGGGAAGUGGGGCUUCACCACAAGCUGAGGAUCUCGAUUAUAUGACACCACUGGAUCUCGUUCUCAUGAAGCUACGGACUUCCAAAGUGAACAUAGGUGCCAAGAAGUUGUGCCUCGAAAGGCUGCUCAUGUUCAUGCCUGAAGUGCGGUUCAACAUGAAAAGCUCACUGAAAAAUGAUCCAGAGAACUGGUCAAAAGUUCUGGGAGAGGAGACGUUUAACUAUCUGGUUGGAAGAAUUCCAGGAACUCUCUUUCUCAUAGCUAUGCAAAGAACUCUGGCUCAACUGCCUGCUCAAAAUUUUUUUAAAAGUCUGGACGAACUGCCCAUUCCAGCUUUUCUGAAACCUAUCACUGAGCCUGUACUAAGGUCCAUGUUUUGCUGUUCCAGUACAAAACUUGAGUUCCUAAUAUUUUGGCCUGUUCCUAAUAUUCGGGCCUGUUCCUAA